AUGGCAACCGCGAUGCCUGCUCGGUCUUCUCGGCUAGCAGAUGACGCCGCAACAGCUGCCCUCUAUGUGACCCAUCCCGAACGCAAGGCGUCCAUGCGCGCCCCGACCGCGCCGAACACCUACUUUAACCCACGAGCUGGUGGAACCCCCAACCUCAGCCACGCAUCGGCCGCCUCUGCCCUUGCGCAUGCGAAUCGCAAACCAGUGGAAGUAUGGCAACCCCCUGCUCGACAGCCGGCUGCCGAGAAAGCCGCGUAUAGCGUGAAGGAUUACACUCCUCCGCAGCCACCUCAGGCUCCUACUGGGCACAGCGCUGCGGGCUUGGGCGCUGCGCUGCUCGCCGUCCGUGGUGAACAGCGAACUGCCCCUGCUCAGAAACCCACUCACAAGCGUGGCAUCUCCGUUGACCAGCACCGCGACCGAUACUACACUGCCGUUGGUGGGGAUCCUCAGGAAAAGGCUCUCCAGGCUGCGACAGGGGCGUAUACCCAGUCGUGUCAGAGAGCCGACUCGGCACCCUGUGAGCCAGGUCCUUCCGAGGUUCCGCUGUCUCGUUCGGCUGCCGGCGCGUCGCGCCAUGUUCGUAUGGGAAGCGACGUCCCCCUUGGUCAUUUGGAUAAUGCCAAUGAAGUGAGCCGGAUCUCUCAUAUCGCUAAUACCAACGCAAAGCUGUAUACCUCGAACCCUCCUGUUCAGGCUGAGAUCGAGGAGCAAAAUUACAAGAACUCUCUUCGCGCUGCGUCGAUCUCAAUGGCGAAAGACAUGUACAAAGUCAACGGGACCAAGGAAGAGACCAAGGAAGAGACCGGGGGAGUGGAUCCCGCUGUCCUAGCAGCCCAGAAAGGCCAGAGUCAGUUAGGCUAUCGCAAGACUGUCUCUAGCACGGAUAGGUCUGCCCUCCGAAGCGCAAUUGCUUUGCAAGAUGCAGCACAAAAGCGAGCUGCUGAGAAGCUCGCGCUCAUGCAUGAUGAGAACGCCGAGUAUCUAGAGUACUACGGCACCGCUCCUCAGCCGCCACGUUCGCGCCUGACUACUCGCCGUAAGAGAACUUCGAGCGAUGCAGAUGCCUCUCAGAUUGAUGCAGAGCAGUCGAGACAUAUCCGCAACCAGAUGUCCAGCUUGCGGACCAAGAUGGACCAAGUAGAUACGCGCAGAACAAAGGAUCGUGAACUGCUCAUGCAAGCUGCUCGCCGCAACGUGGACGCAACUCUCCAGGACAUGGAGACGAGGUACUAUGCCAAAACUGGCCGAGCUCCACCUUCUGUGCAGAGGAGCUGGGAUGAGGUCGCCCAGGAGCGGGUUAGACAGGAGGCAGAGGCAUCCGAAGUAGCUGCCGCCGAAGGCGAACGCGUCAACAUCGGCGGUCAACGGUACAUGGACAUGGCCGAUGUCGAAGCUGUUGCUCGUACUCGCCUCCAGCCCGCGCUCGAUGAGAUCACCGAUAAUGCCGAGCAGCGCAGGGCCGAGGAGUUAGAGGCCCGACUCGAUGCUGAGGAGAAGCAAAGACAUGCGGCUGUUGAACGCCAACGCGAAGCUGAGCUCCGCGAGUUGGAAAAGCAGGAGAAAGGUACAAACAAGCGUGAAAACAAGUCUGAGGGCAAAGUUUCGAUCCCUAAAUUCUUUCUCUGGAGGAAGAAGGGCAAGCGAGCUCGUGUAGAAGAAUCCGAAACCGCACAGGCCCAGCCUGUCUCGCCUGUGGCUCAGGACACUGUGGGUGUGGUGGAGCCGACACCCAGUGGGACCGCCGAUAUCGAUGCCUCUAUAAGGACUAUUCCCGAGGAGGCGUCUAGUGAAGCUCGGGUGGUUGCCAGUGAGUCCGAGGUGGCUGCUACUGAGCCUGAGGUGGGCACUAAAGAGCCCGAAGAGGCCACCAAUGAGCCCGAGGUGGCGGCUGCUACAGGUACUCUAGCCGCAACUGCCCCCUCGAUGUCAGUAGCCUCAGCAGCAGAGGCUGAUAGGACCACCGGAACUGAUGUCCCACCUGCGGUGCCCAGGCGUCAAUCCGCACCACUCCAAACUGAGCCGCGAGAUGCUGCCGCUAGUACUUCGGGUUCAACUAUGAUCCACCACUUCGAGCGUCCUGUCUCGAGCCCCCGCGCUGACUCCAAGCUCAAGACUUGGUUCCGUGAUCGUCUCGUCCGCCGUUCCAGCGGGCCGGUCCCUGUCUAUCCCCAUCAGCCCGGGCCAGACUUCAACACGGACAGCGAACCUGCGUUUCAAGGCGGAGCGGCUUUGACCGGCCGAGACGAGACUCGCGGAGCGGCUCUCAGCUCGCAUCCUAUGGCUGGGUCGGACUCCGUCCCAGUCCACAAUCGGUCUUCCAGCUACUACAGUAAUGAUUACGACAUGGCCAAGAGCAGAACGCAAGACUCUUCCCCGGAAUCCAUCACCCAGCAGAAUGGCAAUGGCAAGAAGCCAAGCCGUCUUCGCAGGACUUUCCUCAAGUCUGUUUCGCGUGGCUCUGAUGAGCCCAUGACGAAUGGUCCUGGGGAUUCCCGUCGUGGCUCUGAGGUUCCCUCGGCAAAGUCUAAGGAUACUGCUGGUACUGAUCUCCAGAAUCUGCGUAAUAGUGCUGCUGAACAGGGUCUCCCUGCUCCGCCUCCAAUCGGUGAGACUGGCAGUGUUGCCCGGGAGUCGAGGUUUUCUGAGGAUCUGUGA